UCUGUCCCAAAAAGAGAAAUCAGCUCACAGAACAUACGAUUCAAGCAUAGAACAGAACCCCAUUUAGAAAUGUUUCAAGAUCACACGAUGUCAGCGAAAUUCCGGCGAACUGAAUAAAAAAACAAAAUCGAAAAUCAAGCGACAGUCACGAAGCGGAGAAACAUCUAAAAUUUCACCUGGUCAGCGUAUAAAAACCGUCGCGCGUUGCAAUCGUACAUCCACAACCCAAUUCGAGAGCCGCCAAGACGGAGCCACACGACCCGACCAUGACACCGGAAACGAUGAAACAUCGCAGCCUCUACGCCUACACCAUAGCCCUAGUCUUGGUUUGGCUGGCAGUCCUUCAACUGCAUCUGGCUGCUGCAGUGGCUGCAACCACGGAUUCCGCGCUCUCCACUUUAUCGCCGUCAGCGGCAGCAUCUCGUAAUGCUAAUCCCCUGACGGAGGCCAAGCACGAGCUGAACUGCAAAGCCCUCUGCGAGCACUGCGGCUGUUUGGGGUUCUACUGUGGGGAAGAGUGUCUCUGUGAAUGCAACAACGAGAACUCGGACACGGAAUGCAUUCGCACCAUGCAGGCAAACGCGAAAACACUGAACAGUCCCUUUCAGAUUCUCAUACAGGGCCCGAGCAGCAACCGAUUCGUCCGCAAUGCCCAGCAGUUCGAGCAGAGACGGGAUCUGGUGACCAGGAGUGCCACUGGCCUGAAGACCGCUCGUAAUCGUCGAAACACCAUUACCAUCUAUAAGCCCUCAAGGUCGGCUAGCAAGAAGACAGCCAGUCAACUGACGGUCAAUGCUCUGGAAACAUCCUCGAAAGUGACCAAGGAAUCGGAGCUAGCAAGGCAUAAGCGAUCUGUAGAUCACCUGGAGUGGUUCAACGAUUUUGCCAGUACAUUGGUGCGCCCUUCUCCUUUGGGGACACGUGGCCAGAAGCAGCGGGAGCCCAAGCCCGCGGCAUUCAAACGCCAAGCCGCUCCAGUGGAACCUGUCGCAGUUACACGUCGGGAACCUUGGUUCUUUGAGCAGAAUGGCACACCCCUGCUACGUCCUGCACCCCUGCAGAAACGACAGCAGGCGAAUCGUGACAGCAAAAGGUCCUGGAAAACAAAGAAGACCACGUCCCGCCAGGCCGCAUCCAUGGAACAGUCGCAGAGAGAAGCAAAAAAGUUUGGGCGGGACAUUAGACCGCUGCAAGAUGCAAUGCAAGCGGUGGAGCGUAUUCCGCGCGUCCUCCAGGACACUGUGAGCCAUUUGUCGUCCGACAACAACAGCGGGGAUGUCUUCAGCCUGAACAUCAUGAACGAUGAUGACGUUGAGCGCAAGGAGCAGGCACCUGUUCCUCGUCGCCCCAGUGGCCGCUCCAUGAGCUUUUACCGCAACGACAUUAGUCCAGAAGCUGUGACCCUAGCUCCUGCUAAAGGUCUCGCACCUCCCGCUCCGCUAUUACCCCAACGUGGCCUCCUCUUCCCUUGGCUGCGGCAACAGCGCUUGAUGCGUCUUCAGCAAGUUCGCGGAAAUCAGUAGAACACAUAAACAGCACGUUUUUUUAUUUUCUUUGUUGUAUAUUUUUAAGUAAAACAAUAAAUUUUCAAAUUGCAACCUUUUAAAGCGUUAAAUCUAGUUAUGUGCAUUUUAAAAUCGAUGAUAUUCAUCGACGUAACCUUGUUAUCGUGACGCACCAUGCAGGCGGAAGACACCUAAAGGUUUUUAAGAUUUGAAACGGGCGCAUUUGAAAGCACGGAUAGCCGCGAUGUCG